UGUGUGCAUGGUGUGUUUAGCUGAAUCUGAUGUAAUCAUUAUCAUUCAACCUUCCCUAAACUUGAACAAAUCAUUACUCCUGACGUAGAGUGUGAUGCCGUUGUCCUUGAGGAUGUUUUAGGAUUUUUUUUAAAUGAUUGACAAUGCAGCAAUAUUAUUGUGCUCUGUGUUUCAAAAAGGAUCAGUAUGGUUUAUCACACCGGAGUGACUUGUUGAACACAGUUUGGUUGAAAUAAAAGUGAGCUGCUCCCUCUUUGUGGAUGGAUUCGUCGACCAGUUCCACGGUUUGGUCAUAGCCGAAUAAGAUUUCGGCCUAAUCUGCUGCUGCAAAGCGCUGUAACCGCUGAUCUGCCACUCCUUCAUAAAUCAUAACAACAACAUCAAAUGAAUUCUUGUAUGCACCGGGUAACGUGCGUGUAAACCUACCUGGUAAUAAAGCUGUUUCUGAUUCUGAUUCUCAAGGACCAAUAAUAAGCAAGUACUUGGUUAACCUACCCAGCUGCUCGAGUACUUCUACCCACAGACCAGUCGCACGUGUUCUGUUUAGGGUGUGUCAAUCACACACGCCCACACUCGAAGAAUUUAAAACACACAGCCCGGUCCAGCCCCCCCCACAGUCACAGCAAAUAUGGCCCACAAGCUGGCCACCUUUGGCAAAGUCCUGCUGCGUCGCCGGGCGUUGGACUUCUCCGGGGAGGAGACCCGAUUCGCCCGCUGCCUGUCCACCCUCGACCUCAUCGCCCUGGGGGUCGGCUCCACCCUCGGCGCUGGGGUCUACGUCCUCGCUGGUGAGGUCGCCCGAGAAAAGGCCGGACCCGCCAUCGUCCUCUGCUUCCUCAUCGCCGCUCUGUCCUCCAUGUUGGCCGGCCUGUGCUACGCUGAGUUCGGCGCCCGUGUCCCCAAAACAGGCUCGGCGUACCUUUACAGCUACGUGACAGUGGGAGAAAUCUGGGCCUUCAUCACAGGCUGGAACCUCAUCCUCUCCUAUGUGAUAGGUACGGCCAGUGUGGCCAGGGCGUGGAGCUCAACAUUCGAUAGCUUGGUUGAGCAAAAGAUCUCUGGCUUCUUUAAAGCUUCCAUGACAAUGAAGGUGCCAGGAAAUGUGCUGGCUGAAUACCCGGACCUGUUCGCCCUCAUCCUGGUCCUGCUGCUCUCUGGACUUCUGGCCUUCGGUGUGAACGAGUCUGCUCUGGUGAAUAAGAUCUUCACGGGCGUCAAUCUGGUGGUCCUGGGCUUCGUUAUCAUCUCCGGCUUUGUGAAGGGGGACUCGGCCAACUGGAACCUGACGGAGGAAGACUACGUCCGCUACAUAAACAGCUCCAACAGCACUAAAACUCUCAAAGUUGAUGAGGAGUUUGGCGUAGGCGGCUUUGCUCCGUUCGGCCUGACUGGAGUCCUGUCUGGUGCCGCCACCUGCUUCUACGCCUUUGUGGGCUUCGACUGCAUCGCAACAACUAGCGAAGAGGCAAAGAACCCGAUGCGCUCCAUCCCUGUCGGCAUCGUGGCCUCGCUGCUGAUCUGUUUCUUCGCUUACUUCGGUGUGUCCGCCGCUCUCACGCUCAUGAUGCCGUACUACGAGCUGAACAGGCAGAGCCCCCUGCCCGAGGCCUUCAGCUACGUGGGCUGGUCCCCCGCCAGAUACAUCGUGGCUGUGGGCUCCCUCUGCGCUCUGUCCACCAGUCUCCUAGGCUCCAUGUUCCCGAUGCCCCGUGUUAUCUACGCCAUGGCGGAGGACGGCCUGCUGUUCCGUAUCCUAUCCAGGAUCAACGAGCGCACCAAGACUCCUCUCCUGGCUACCAUCGCUUCUGGCGUUGUUGCAGCUCUGAUGGCCUUCCUGUUCGACCUGGCAGCGCUGGUGGACCUCAUGUCUAUCGGAACUCUGUUGGCGUACUCUUUAGUGGCCAUCUGUGUCCUCAUCCUCAGGUACCAGCCCGGCAGACUGAAUUCCUCCAGCCAGACGGAGAAGCUGGUGGAGAUGGUGGAAGGGGAGAAGGUGGCCGUGAGCGGAGGAGACAGCGGUGACGAGUACGGCAUGGAGACGGAGGAGAAACCGCUCCGGGAGACUUUAACCAUCAAGCUGCUGUUCUGCCCUAGUGGAAAGGUCCCAACGCAGACGUCCGGGAACAUCGUCUACGCCACCACCGCUAUCAUCUCCGUUUUUAUCACUGUCCUCUGCGUUAUCCUGGCUAACUGUCUCAGAGAGCUGCUGGCGGGACAUGCAGGCGUCGUGGUGCCGUGUGUCAUCCUGACUUUACUCUGCGCCGUCUGUGUCAUCAUCAUCUGGAGGCAGCCGGAGAGCAAAGAGGCUCUCACCUUCAAGGUCCCUCUGCUGCCCUGGUUGCCCCUGUUCAGUGUUUUCGUCAACAUCUACCUCAUGAUGCAGCUGGACCGAGGAACAUGGUUCCGCUUUGCCGUCUGGAUGCUUAUCGGUUUCGCCAUCUACUUCCUAUACGGUAUUAAGAACAGCAGUGAAGCAGCCAGGCGGAAGUCCCCACGCAAAUACGCGCCCGCGCUGCAGACCAAGAGCCCGAUCUACAAGGGCGCCCCCACCGACAGCAACGUGGAGGGAGGCAGCAGCCCCUGAUGCCCACUGCCGUAGACCUGGGGGGUGUUGCCAGAGCAACUACACACGUUUUGGCAGCGAGGUUGAACUGGCGGCCAAAUGCUGCGAUGUAGGGGGCCUGGAGCGCAGCCCUGGGUUUAAAGGGAGGAGAGGCAAGAGAGCGCCACACACACACAUCUUACCUCUGACUCCGAGGCUGAUUAACUUGAUGGCUAGACACUGUGACAGGCCACUCUCUGGCCCAUGUGUCCGUUUAAUCUGUCUAUUCGUACUUAGCCUUAGCCUUCCGGGAGAUAUUUACCUGCCUAUAACAUGCUUUCGAUGGACCUAACUAACAAAGUGUACUGCGGCGCACCUGAAGCCGUUAACUGGAAGAAUGUUAAAAUGUAACUGUUCUCGUCUUCACCACCUCUCCGUUACCGGUGCGCUGUAGAGCCACCGGCUAGUAGACAUGUGGAUCAGUGAGUCUCACCCUGCGAGAGCCUUUAAUAGAGAUAGUUUCUAGUUUAUUGGGCCUUUAUUCAUUGCAGCAGCCUGGUUGUUUGUGUGUAAACAAGCCGGCACUGAGUCUGUGCUUUACAGCAUCAGUGUGUUUGAUGUCAUCACACUGUACGGUUCAGUGUCCGAGGCUGAAGUCCACGCUUUACAGCGCCCCCCCCCUCCCGCUCCCAGAGAACAGCCAGACAGCGACUGUACACGGGACCUUUUUUAAGUCAUAUUAAAUAACAUAUCGUUAACUAUCUGUUUCAUAUAGACUGUGUUGAAAUGGUAUUUUAUGGCUUUCAUUUUAACAUGAUCCAGAAAACAAAAUGUUUUUUAACUGCCCAAUGGGCAACAAACUUCUUUCUACCCUUUAAAGGGCCAUGAACUUGAUUUGAACAAAAAACUGCAAAGCAAGAGUCACAUCAUUAAACCUCUGCUCUGCUUUCUGAUAGUGAAAACCCCAUCCAUCUCCAAAAAAUGCUUUCAUACACUUAUUUGCCAAUAUUUGGUUUGAUAUGGGCAUGUACAUAUCUAUGAAUUUCAAAUAAUCGAAUUUGCUAAUUCCAGAUUUCCUUUACAUAUGUGUUUCAUGUCAUUCGCAUGGCUGCACCCAGAUAUUUCUGCAGAUCUGGGGAGGGUUGAUCAGAUUUGCACUUAAUGAGGUCAUUAAUCGCAUUACAUUUUAAUUAUUAUAAUCUGUCCACCUCUGGCUGAUCUGGGAGCUGGGGAUUGUUUCUGAAUGAGGGGUCUCUGUUUUUCAUCACCACUAAAAUAUCGCAUUCACCUUUUUUACUGGUGAAAAGACACACAAAGGUUGUUGUUUAGUUUCAAGUCAAACUAAGGAAGAAUUAGAGAGUUUCCAUCACUUUCAUUUUAUUCAUCCGUAUUUUAUUUGUACUACUUUAUUAACUUAUAGAUCUAUUCAAAUGUUUAUAGUAUUGUUUGUUUGGGAUAGCUUUUCUUUUUUGUUCGGCCUUUUUCACAUCAAUCUCAAUCAACUGGAUAUGCUUUGUAGGUGUUAAUGUAUUUUGAUUGUUACAUGUACAGUUUUUAGUGUGCUGAUCUUUUUUUGGUCUCCUGUUUUAAUGUUUAUUUGUUUCCCCUUUUGUCGAAAAUGUCUUGCGUCACCAAAUCCUAAAUCUUUCUGACCAAAUGAACGCGUUUUGGAAACUGGGCUUUCCAUUACAAACGACCACUAAAAGUUGGUCUCUAAAUUGUGUAAUAUAUAUAUAUAAAAAGAAAUGUUUUAACCCCAACCCUCUGGAGUCUUUAUAACUUAUUGUUUAUAGUAUUUUUUGAACUUCUAGUAAACUGCUUUACUGUAGAUUGUACAGUAUUUGUUUAAAACCGUUUCUUCAUUUGUAUGAUGAUGUAUAUUAUACAAACACACUGUUUUAACAUAUGACCUUGAUAGGUGAGAAAUGUUUUACUUGUAAGUUACACUAAAGGCAUUUCAUUUCAUAAUGAAUGCUGCUGAAACCCCUUUUUUUGAUGAAAAUGGUCCUGGUGGAUGCAAUAUUUCGGCAUUUCUGUAGAUGCUGCCUGUUGUUGCUUAUGAAAUGUUCCCACCUUUUUUAGAUGUGUAAAAACAUCACAUAUCACACAAUGUUUGUGGAGAAGGGAGAUGAAGAAGAGGUAGAUUUGGAUUGAAUUGGGACUCGAUAACUUGGUGCCUAAAGAGCCAUCCUUCUGCCUGAGAGACACCGGGGCUGGAGAAACAAAGAGUCCAGCUGUAUCUCAGAAACUAUUGAAAUAUUGAACUCUGAUAUCAUUAAAGGGUGUGUGGCUGUGGCUCCUGUCACUCAGCUCUUCAUUCUCAGCCCUCGUGCCUUUGAACAAUCCAUACCAUCAUCUCCCCUCCUCAUUGCUAUCUCAUUAACCGUAAUGAUCUAUUUUUCGCUUUGUUUUAUAUCCUGUACAUAUGGCUGUCAUGGUAAAAAAAACAACAACUGUAUUUUCAAUGUUUUUUUUUAAAUAAAAUAAUUCAUGCUAA